CCUUUUGGCUCCGCCUUGAAAUAAUCAGAGGUUUCAAUAUGGCGGAAGGCUACAGCGGAAAAUGAGGAGAGCAGUUCAGUGCAUUUGGUGAAAUUUCGCGUUCUUUUAACUGUUUUAAAUGUAGACACCAACUUAUCGUUUGCUAGCCUUCGGAUUUCAGAUAUAAUAAGGAACCGAGCAGUAUUGGCAGCUCUUCUAAGCGGAAGUUGAAAGUUAGCUAACUAGCUUGCUGUCCGUCCACCGAACUUAUGCGGCAGUUGGCAAAAAUAACCUAAUCCUCUCCAGUCCAGUGACUCUGGCGGUUUAUCGCGUUUAAUCAUCUCAGCACUGUUGCUCGUGUCUGGCAUUCUUUUAUUCCGUGAAGAAGUGCUGAAGAGCGGUGUUAUGGAUGUCAGAGUGGUCGAGGUGUAAUUUCUCCAUCGAACCUAGCUGGGUUGCUAGCAGAGAGAACCACACAGCCCCGGAGUCGCCGCUAAGUGUCUGUGUUACUAACCACGAUCAGUCCUUUGAGUAGUUCGUUUUGCUCGCCGCAAUAUUUCCUUUAGUUGCCAUCGUAACAAAAAUAACUGUUCCUUUAGCUAAGCUAGCUAGCCGUUGUUUGGACCAGACGUCAACUUGGAACAAGGACGGGUUUCGCUUUGUAUUCGUCUGGACAUUAUUGGAGUGUUUUCCUGGCUUUUGUGUUAUGAGACUUGGUGUGAAUAAGAAGUCAUGGCUCGUCACUCUCCUGUCCAGAGAGGACUUUCAGGCAUACAGAAUAUUAAAACCGACCCAGAAGAGCUGUUCACUAAGCUGGAGAAGAUCGGGAAAGGCUCAUUCGGAGAGGUGUUUAAAGGAAUAGACAAUCGUACACAGAAAGUCGUGGCCAUUAAGAUCAUUGAUUUGGAAGAAGCUGAAGAUGAGAUCGAGGACAUUCAGCAGGAGAUCACAGUGCUGAGCCAGUGUGACAGCCCCUUCGUUACUAAGUAUUAUGGGUCAUAUUUAAAGGGCACAAAAUUAUGGAUCAUAAUGGAGUAUUUAGGAGGUGGAUCAGCAUUAGAUUUGCUGGAGCCCGGGCCACUGGAUGAGUACCAGAUUGCUACUAUACUGAGAGAGAUUCUCAAGGGGCUUGAGUAUUUGCAUUCAGAAAAGAAAAUUCACAGAGACAUUAAAGCUGCUAAUGUGCUGCUGUCAGAGCAGGGUGAUGUGAAGCUGGCUGACUUCGGUGUGGCAGGCCAACUUACAGACACUCAGAUCAAGAGGAACACAUUUGUGGGCACUCCAUUCUGGAUGGCACCUGAGGUCAUAAAACAGUCAGCCUAUGAUUCAAAGGCAGAUAUAUGGUCGUUGGGUAUAACCGCGAUCGAGUUGGCCAAGGGAGAGCCGCCUCACUCUGAACUGCACCCCAUGAAGGUUUUAUUCCUCAUCCCAAAGAACAACCCGCCCACUCUGGAGGGAAACUACAGCAAACCGCUAAAAGAGUUUAUAGAAGCCUGUCUCAACAAGGAGCCAAGCUUUAGACCUACAGCCAAAGAGCUGCUGAAACAUAAGCUUAUUGUACGUUACUCUAAAAAGACCUCGUACCUCACAGAGCUCAUUGACCGGUACAAGAGAUGGAAGUCUGAGCAGAGUCGAGAGGAUUCCAGCUCCGACGAGUCUGACUCGGAACAGGAUGGACAGGCCUCAGGUGGUAAUGACUCAGGAAACGAUGAUUGGAUCUUUACCAUCAGAGAGAAAGACCCUAAAAAAAUCCAAAAUGGAAUCAUGCAGCAGUCAGAGCUGGACCACAGCGAGGUACAGAGCAGUGCGCGUGCGCAAAGGCCUUUGUCUCAGAGCCUGUCGACUAUUAUAUCUCCGUUGUUUGCAGAACUGAAGGAGAAAGGUGAGGCGAGUAAUGGAAAGCCAGAGGCAGUGGAUGAGCUGAGGGAGGCCAUAUUCCUGGCAGAAGAGGCAUGCCCAGGCAUCUCAGACUCCAUGGUCACAGAGCUAGUACAGAGACUGCAGAGGUUUGCGGUUCCCCGGGCCUCAUCUCACUGACUGCUUGCUGUGGAUUCUCCUCUCUCCCUCGUAGUGUAGCCUCUCACUCACACACUCACACACACACACACACACACUCACUCACUCACUCACUCAGCCUGUACCUGGCACACUUAUUUUUUAUUUUAUUUUUUUUAUUUUUUGUUUACAUAUCAGGUGAAUGGGUAGUGUUGUGGAGGCCUGGCUGGGUUUCGACUCGGACUCUCACACCCCUUCUGAGAGCACUGCACCUUGUUCAGCACACACAGGGGCGGAGUAGCAGGUGGUUGCACCAGCCAUGUGCAGGUUCUUUCCAAACUGUAUGUGUAAAGUAGUUUGCGUCUUAAUGACACGAUUUUAUUGUUAACCGUCUAGUGAGUGCAGAUUCAGUGGCAACAUGAAAACUAAUUCAACUGUCGUGUUGGGAAUUACACUGAUUCAUUUCAUUCACGCUCUAGCCAAAAGAGAUGGCUAGUUAACAUUUCAGUGGAGAAUGUGUGUCAGAACUUAGUUGAAAUGCAAGGAGUGGUUGUUAUAUGGUAGGUGUACAUGAGUAUUUUUUUAUUAUUAUUAUUAUUAUUCAGUAGUUAUCAGCUGGUCAGUUUUAUACAAUACCCUGUUUUACACAUGUCCCUUCGCUAGUGUAAGUCUUACACUAUGGUAUUUAAUACAAGCUCUGUAAAGUAGGCAGACAGUUUCGUUAGAACUUGGACAGUUGGUGCAAACCAGUUAUUGAAUGUGCAGUGUGUGAGAACUUUAAGGUGUGUGUGUGCAUGUGCUAUAGGCUCCCAGCAGUGAAGUCAUGAUGAUCCUUUAUUAUUAUUUUUUUUUUAACUCAGGUAUCCUGCUCUCAGUAACUGGAGUCUUCUGAGAGGCAGACUGAGCGUGCUCAACUGGGUGUGUAAAUGUGUGUGUAUAUAGGCUUCCAAACAUGUCAUGGAGGUACGCUAAUGAAAACACUGUGUUUAAAAAUGGCCAACUGCUCCUGUAGAUACUGUUCAUUAAGAUAUAUACGUCAACUGGCCAUCACUGAGAUUGCCUUGUCUUUUAAUUUGCUUUUUUUUUUUUCUCUCUCUUUUAAAUCAUUUGAUUACAUUUUUUCAUGGAUUGAACGGAACGCUGCCAUUGGACCUGUUAUCACAUCUUUGUUCUUCUCUACCUUCACAGUGCCAUUCAUACUCUCCUAUUGUUUCCAUUUACCAAUCUGUUCGAGUCCAACCCUUAGGAAAUAUAUUUUGAUAAAGUUGCAAUCCCAUGUAUUAUUUUUUUUCUAAUCAUUUCAGUCAUGGAAAAAUAAUGCUGUAUACUAUGAUUUUAUUAUUAUUUUUUCUUUAAAAGCUCCAGACUAUUUCACCAAACUCCAGUCCUUUUGAUUUGCUGUAAACUUGUCAUAUGCCGCUAAAUCCUCAUGUCUUCCUGGAAAUUGAAAUGGUACAGGGUGUUUUUAAAUGUACCAACAGCUUGAAUUGCACUUAGAUAACUGCCUUCUUAUGAUACAUGAAUUAGCCAUAAGACAUAAGCAUGAAACUUGUACAGUGCAUUUCACUUCCUUAGGACUGCUGACGUGAGCAGCCUCUACAACAUCCAUGAGGUCUCACUGUGGUGCAUUUCGAAGCUGUUCAUUGCUCAUGUACAUUUACUGUCCGUAGUGAAAAGCUAGCAUCAACAAACGUGUUGUGGUAGAACUGCACUUGUGCUUACCCUUAAUCUUGUUUUAACCUGUAACUGCAUUUAUUCACCAGGUUUUAAAACGUUAAUCCAGUGAGUUAAAGCUGUAGCGUAAAAAUAGCAUGGGAUUCUGAGCGUAAGGCAAUUCUAGAUAAAUCUCUUUUCUAAUUGUUUGGGGACAUGGCUGCUAUCACAAGCAUGAUGCAUAUGCAUGUGUGUAGCAAGUGUUUUUUAAAAUCCUGAAAUCCAGCUGUUUAAAUUCAUUUUAAAAGGCUUUAUGCAAACAUUUACUAAAAUUUGAAUUUUUGUGCUUCUUAAAUGGCACACUUUGUUCUAAAAACAGUUUGGGAAAUGUAAAGCUGUUCUUCAAGACAGGAAAUUUGAAACAAUUUAAUGACCAUAGUGGGGUUUUUUUUUUAAUUAUAAUUUUUUUAUUUUUAUUUUAUUUUUUUUAGAAAUUUAGAAAGAGAUGGAGAACAAGACACUGACCAUGAAACUACUAAUAGUUCAGAGAGCAUCAUGAGGAGUGAUGUUUCUUUCAUGUAGUCAGGUGGAAAGUAACUUUUUGCUUAGUUAUCGUCUGAAUUAUGAUCAAAUUAUAAUAGUUAUAAUGUGUCAUAAGACUAGAUUGGAAUUAUUCAUUUUAAAACUGAAGAACAGGACUGAGACUGAAAUAAUGAUGAGGCUAUUAACAUUCUCGAAGAAACAGUUACUGAAAGUUGAAAAGAAGCUGUUCAAAUUAUUGCUGGUUUAAUGUUUGUGGUUCUAAGUCCUACAGAUGGCAUUUUAAUAGAAGCGGAAAUCUGCACUCGCGUUCAGACGCUGUCCUGUCGAUCAGCCUGUCUGUUUACUACAAAGUACACCCCCCCCCCCCUCUUUUAUUUUUGCCCUUGUAGAGAGAUUUUUUUUUCCCCUAUUAUUGAUGUUUGCACCUUUUCCAUUUCGAGUCUGAAUGUUUCCCUGUGUGUAAGCUGUAAUUUUCUGAGAUCACGGUUUGUCUUGUUUAUCUUUGUGACUGAACUUUCUUGAGUAUGGCAAUAAAUUAGGCUGUCAGGUUUCUCAGCACAGAUAUAUUCUAUGGAACAGAAUUCAAUAUUUUUAUAAGUGUAAAGUGCAGUAUUAUCUCUCGAAUGAAUUACACCAUAUGCUAUCUAACUGAUUUUCAAACAGUGUAAUUUUCUGUAACAUUGCUGAGUGUAUAGUCUUGUACAUAAUUCUUGCUUUUGUCAUCAAAUACCAAGGUACUGAAUUCCUUUCAAGCUUUUAAGAAAAAUAAAAAUGAUGAUAGUU